AUGCUGGUCAUAAGGACUUUGCGUGGCUGUUUUGAUCAAGCGUUGGGUGGUAAAGAGCCUGCCCCCACAAUAGAAAGGAGGUCUGGCGAUGCACGCGGACUCCAUUCCCGCCCCAAACUCCUUUUCAUAGACCUGCUCCAAGCUUACAUGCAGCUUUGCACGUUUUUUAUUCCUGCCCGGGAAGAAUGUAGUGACAUGGAAUGUGAUUCUUUAGGCAAAUGCCUUCAACUGGCAAAUCAUUUGAGAUUAAAGAAGCUGUUCGACAGGAUCAUCAAUCAAGUUUUAUGGAACUCUAUGAUUGUUGCGCAUGCCCAGUGCAGAGAUCUUGACAAAGCAAGAAAGUUCUUUGCAAGGAUGAUGCAGAGAGAUUCCGUGUCAUGGGCAACACUUAUCAACUCAUUUGUGCGGCAUGGCUGCAGUGAUCUAGCAAAAGAAACAUUGGACAGAAUGCCACAGCAUGAUGUGAUUGAUAGUGUGGAAUGGAAUGCUCCAACCAGACGCCCAAUGAGGCAAAAAGGACACUUGGACGAUGCUUGGGCAUUUUUUAGAUGCUGUUUGCAGCCAAACAUCGUGACCAGGAACGUUGUCAUUUACCCAGAAUCUACAUGGCUCUUGGAUGAUGCCGAGGAGAUCAUAAGUAUAAUACUAUUUGUUCCAGAUGUUUUCAAUUGGGGAUGCUUUAUCAAGUGA